CAUUUUUCCACUCUCGUUUUUGAACUUUUUCUCUCUUACCCGUAAAACUUAACCCUAUUAUUGCAAUCGUCUACUCGGAAAAAAAUUCAAUGAUGAAUGCAGCAUCAAAUUCCCCAACCGAUUUGAUUUCAGAUGACUCUGGAAACAGUGAUUCCGACACAAACUCCGAUGAAAUCCCAGAUUAUUACCAGCCAAUUACUUCAAAUGAGGGAAACGAAGAAACUGAUGAAAAUAAUCCAAAUAUUGUCAACGGAUUUCAUCAUCAUCAAUAUGAUGCCAUUAAUCAACAAAGCAAUUUAACAAACGGUAUUGAUUACUCUGCUAGUGUUGAAAACGGCGUGCAAUCGUUAGAUUUGAGUGAGGAUGAAGAGGAGAGAAAACAUGAAGAAGAUGAGAUGAUGAGAAGAGCUGAAAUGGAUCGUGCGAUGAGAAGAGCGUUUGAGGAAGAUGAGAACCGCAGAAAUGCUCCGUUGUCGUCAGAGAAUGCAACGAGAGUGAUGGAAGCCAUGCGCGGGGUGUCAUUUGCUGGAUCGACUCCGGAUUGGGUUCGCCAUGUGCCGGAGGAUAAUUGGGUUAUUCAACUCCAACACCUCCGCCAGCCGCGACAUUCUCCUGUAUAAAAUGCGCUAGCAGAAGAAGAGUUGGCUAAGAGAAGGGAUGAAGUAGCUGAGAGUCGAACCCAGGAUCUUACUUAGGAAACGUGGUAUUUUCUUUAACGAAGACAAAAUUCAAUCUCUGAUAAUAAAUACACUUAAAUUUCCCUUAUGUGUUGUUUGGCCGGAGGAAAUUGAGGUUUGGGAUUGAGAUUGUUAGGUAGGACUAUAGAAAUUUCCUUUUUUGUUUGUGGAGACUUUGUAAAUUAUAGACAUUUUUGCCACUAAUGAAAGUAAAGAAAAUAAAGAGAUGGGGGACAAAUUUGUAAAUAUAAUCAACGUUUAUCUAAUUUUUGAUCUAUAUUUAUCAUUUUUAAAACAAGGACAUGAGACAUUUAUUUUCAGAGUCACAUUCUAAAGUCUUAUUUCAAGUCUAAACUAUAGUCUCUUCAACUCUCAUUUCCACUUGUCAAACAGCCCCUUAUCCUCUCUUUAUGGAUUCGCUGUCAUUACAUUGUCAUUCUUCACACCAAAAAGCCCUUAAAAAUUCUCUUGAUGUAUCCUUGAUGACUAUUAGAAAUAACUAUUGACUGCAAACCUAGUGACCUUGCCAUCUUAAGCACAUUUUCGUGAUCUCUUUUAACCCUUACAUAUUGUUGGGUUGUAUCAUCACAUCAGUUUGGUGAAUGAUUUCAUGUUGAUUGAUUUUUUUUUUUUUUUUUUUUUACAAUGUUAAUCUUGUAAAUCGAAGGCAUUAUCAUAUCUAAUUGUUUCUUGAGUGAUCAUAUGUUAUAUGAUUGAGCAAGCAUACCCAAAUCAAUCUUUUGAUCAUCAACAAAUAGUACAAUUCAUUAAAAAUCUUUUCCAUUUCUCUUUUGAUUUACCACUUGUUUUUUUAAACAUUGUUUGAAACGUGAUUUUGCAUUGAAUAUCCACAAGUAGCUUUUGAAUUGAGAGAAGGUUAUGUUUCAAUGCAGUUACAUGUAAUACAUUUUUGAGAAUGACUUAAUUUUGCAGUCUUAUACCAUUUGUGUGAUAUGCGAGAUGAUUUGGAAUAGGAAUAAGAUUGAUCAGAACAGUAAAGAAACAUUAUCUAAAGAAAGAGUUUUUUGUAUAUAUCAGCCUGGUAUGAAUUUUCCAUCCCAGCUUAGGUAUCAUCAAAAUGUUCCUCAAUAUCUGAAGGGACAGCUUUUUUAUUGCAGGUCCAGGGUAGGCUAAGGGAGGGGAAGGAAGGGCUAUCGAGAAUAGCUUUUUGAUGAGGAUUGCGACUGACGAGUGUUUUGGUGCCUUUUGUUAAUGCGUAAUUAUUGUAAUUAUAUUCCUGUAAUUAUGAGAUUAUAUUCUUGUAAUCAUGGGAUUGUACUCAUAGCUUCCAUGGAGAACUCAAGGAAGACUUUCACCCUUCUUUCAUAUCACUUUUGAGUGAAGGAUUAAGAGGGUUUUGGUGUUUGUGUUACCUUAGUAUUGUCUAGAGAAGACUGAUGUACCGAUUAAUUUUAUUGGUGAUUCGUGGAAGAGUUUGAUACCACCUACAUCUUGUAGAUUUUUCCCUCAUUGGUUUUCCAAGUAAAAGUUGUGUGA